UAAUCUAUCAGGCACAAAAAAAGGAUCAUUUGGGGGAUUUCAGGUUCUGACUUGCUAUUUCAAACAAACAACAGCAAACAGGGGAUGGCAGUUUUACCAGAAGAGGAUUAAGUCACAGCCUCAAUUGGGACAGUGUUUGUAUAGUUGGAGAAUCUCACCAGACAUCUCCAGGAAUCUGUGAGGAGUUGUCAGAAUAUCCAUUUUCAUGUUCAAGUGAAAAGUAAGGACCAGAACAAGCAGAUAUUGGUGGAGAGAGUGGUCCUUGGAGAAGCCCCAAGAUGCAGUCUGACAAGGGACAGAAGGCAAAGAGCUUCAAGCAGAAACUAGCCUUGAAGAGCAGCUUAGCUAAAGAAACACUCUCCGAGUUCUUGGGCACGUUUAUUAUGAUUGUGCUUGGAUGUGGCUCUGUUGCCCAAGCCGUCCUCAGUCGAGGGCUUUUUGGAGGGAUCGUCACUAUCAAUCUUGGAUUUCCUAUGGCAGUUGUAAUGGCCAUUUAUGUGAGUGGAGGUGUCUCUGGUGGCCACAUUAACCCAGCUGUGUCUUUUGCAAUGUGUCUCUUUGGACGGAUGAAAUGGUUCAAACUGCCUUGUUAUGUGGGAGCCCAGUUCUUGGGAGCCUUUGCAGGGGCUGCAACCCUCUUUGGGAUUUACUAUGAUGGACUUAUGUCCUUUGCUGGUGGAAAAUUGCUCAUCGUGGGAGAAAAUGCAACAGCACACAUUUUUGCAACAUACCCAGCCCCGUAUCUGUCUCUGAUGAAUGCAUUUGCAGACCAGGUGGUGGCCACCAUGUUCCUCAUCAUGAUUGUCUUUGCCAUUUUUGACUCCAGAAACUUGGGAGUCCCCAGAGGUCUAGAGCCCAUUGUCAUCGGCCUCAUGAUUGUUGUCAUUGCAUCCUCUUUGGGACUGAACAGUGGCUGUGCCAUGAAUCCAGCUCGAGACCUGAGUCCCAGACUAUUCACUGCUUUGGCAGGAUGGGGAUUUGGGGUCUUCACAGCUGGAAAUAACUUCUGGUGGAUUCCUGUGGUCGGCCCUUUGGUGGGUGCUGCAUGUGGAGGCCUCAUCUACAUCGUCCUCAUUGAGAUCCACCACCCAGAGCCGGAGCCAGACUUCAAGGCAGAGCAGCCAGAGGAAAAUCCAGAGAAAUACGAACUUAGUGUUAUAAUGUAGUGAUAUGUUCAGUUCAUUUGCAAUUGGCUGAGCAGGUAUUCUCUUCUAGAAAGAUGGCAUUGUGUUUUUUUAAGACUGGGGUGGAAUCCACCCAAUUUUUUCUGCUAGCCGUGUGGGACACCUAAGCCGAAAGGCAUCAGAGUGAAGGCUUGAAACCACUGACCUCUUCUCUUUACCAGUUUCCCCUAGAAUGGCCUGAUUGUCCAUGGAACAGUCUUUCCGCCUACCCUGUUUACUUCAUCCUUUAAUGGGAAUCCUUAUGACACGAUGAGCACCAGUAGCUCGGAACCUUGACUAUGGAGCUAACUGGAUGGUCUCAGCCACCACCGAAUUCUUAUUUUCAGUGUCCACAAAGAUUACAUUCUGAGUACUAACCAAAACCUAAAGCUAAAGACAAAACCAUGGUUCCAGUUAAUAUGUCCAUGAAUUAGGGAGCUAAUGGGUUAACUCUCUAAUUAUGUUGUUUCACUGCAUUGUAUAAAUACUGAUAAUCUCCAAACCAAGGGACGUAGGAAGCAGUAGAAUGUAGGUGGAAAACAGAGAAAGGACAUUGUGGCACUCAGAAACCUCAGGGCACAAGAAAUCAAAUGGAAUUUUUUAAUAGAAAUUAUUUAUCAGAUUAAUAUCUUGCUCUUCUGCAUUUAAGAGGGCACCGAUUAAUUUCCUGGUCUUUAGUAUAUAAUAACUUAAAUACACUUAUAACCCAAGUCAUGAAAAAUACAUCACUCUGUAUUUUUAGCUCAAAAGGAUUUUCCUGAUUGUCCACUUGAGAACAGACUUUUGGCAAGUUAAGGCAGUGGCUGCACUUAUCCAUUAUUCUAAACAUACACUUGAAGGCAAAAGAGAGAGCCAUUGGAUCCUGGUCUAGCAGAAUUUUGAGGAUGUAAUGUUCCUGGAAAGAUAAUAUUACUUUACUUGGUUUUACAACUCAGAAAGCACUUUCACAGAUACAAUCUAAUUUAAUCUUCAUAAUGACUGUCUGAGGUUUAUAUCAUGCUGUCCAUUUUUCAGAUGAGGAAAACAGAAUCUCAGGGAAGUUAAGUGAGUGGCUCAAGGUCACAUAGAAAGCUGAACGUUGUCUAAUGCAUCCCUUGCAGAAGCUGCAUAUCUAGCCUAGAACCUUUGCCAGCCCUUCUUGUCUGGCCACACGAAGUGGGAUCAGCUGCUGCCCAUGCUCCAAGAGCAUUCUGGACAUGAUGCUCCUGGAUCCCCAGAUAUAAGGACCCUUGUGGUCUGGUUUUAUUCCCACUGUUCCUAAAGCAGUAAAGAGGUAGUAAUUUCUUCAUAUUUUUCAUCUGUCAAAAAUGUUCAGAAGGCCUUCCUUCCUAGCCUGCCUUUUGUCUUGCUAAGUCUUGCUCUUCCUUGCCUGCCCACACCAAACAUUCCAUUCAGUGAAUUUCCUCUUGGGUAAUUUUCUAAUUGAUGUCACUUUGGUCAAAAGAGUCUCUGUGAGUUACAAAUGCCAGGACUUUGGACGAAACCACCUGAGAGCUAUGGGCAAUUGCUUCAGUCAAACCUUUGAAAAGCCUAGCAUUCCCAGAAGCAUCUAGUGUCCCAUCUGCUCUGUGAUGAUACUAGAUUAACAAAAAGCAGAUGUCAAGUGUCCCAGAUAGGCCUAUGUUCUACAAACUACAGGCAUGUGGAAUUAUUUUUUUUCUUGCUUUGAAGAUAUUUCCUGAAGCUUCCCUUUUUGAAAUAAAGUUUUUGCUCUUUUGAGUUUUUAGAGGCAUGAAGGCUGCUAGGUACACUUAGUUCAGAGGAUGUCUACCCUAGCUACAAAUUAGAAUCUCCUGGGGAGCUUUCAAAAAUAUACUAAUGCCCAGUUGGCCAUUUGUAAAUAUCUAGGUGAUUCUAAUGUGCAGGUGGAUUUGUUGAUUCAGUUGAAUCACAUGAGUCUAAGAUUCCUUUGAGAACCAUGUCUAGUGGUCAGAAAUUCCUGGUGGUAUUCUUAGGGUCUUGGGAUCCUCAGGGAGUUGAGCAGUGACUCUCAACAAGGAGUAAUUUUUCUCCCCUCCCUUGGGGAGAUUUCUCAAUGCCUGAAAACAUUUGUGGUUGUCACAAGGUGGGGGAGGGAGGAGCUACUGGUACCCAGUGGGUAGAGGCCAGGGAUGCUGCUGAACAACCACAAGGUACAGCCACUGACAACAAAAAUUAUUUGUCCUCUAAUGUCAUUAGUGCCAAGGCUGAGAAACUUUGGAUUUGAGGAAAGGUGAGUAGGAAAAACAUUGAAACCCUGUGCUCUAAUUCAAGCUCUGCCAGGAGCAGAGAUGCCAAACAAAGAGCAGACCACAGGUGGACUAAAAUUCUUUGAGGAAGAAGCAACCCAAAAUUUGAGUUUUCAAGUUGGAUGUGGAAUCUGAGAUCGAAUGCCGGUGCUCAUUAAUCACUACUUGAUGACUGAUGAUUAGGGUUAUGAAGAGGAAGCACACACUUAUGGAAAUCAUCCUUGGGAAGGUUUUCUUAAAUGGAAAAAAAGCCCUCUUGUUCCAGGUGCUAACACUCACAUCUCCUCCUAACUUACAAGUGGGUUUGCACAUCAGCUUCUUAUCCAAGAGGAUAUUUAUGGGUGGAAUUAUCUGUGUUAGAAGCCAGUUACAGCCAACUCAUCUAGCUUUUAAAUAGAUCUUUUAGGAGUUAGAAUUGUAAAGUCCUUCCUCCUUCCACCCCUUUUCAACUGAAAAACUUGGUAGGAGAAUUUAUCUUAAUGCCCAAAACAUAAUUUUCCUAUGAUUAGCCAACCAGUGGAGAACUCAGAGCAUGUCAAAGGUUUUAUGACUUUUCUAAAUAGCAAUACCCAGAGUUGGUUAUUGAAUAGUAUAUGUGGAGUAAAAAUGUCAUAUUCAAAAUUCCAAUCCUUAAAAUAUAAAUUAUCAUUCAUUUUAAGCUGCUUUGGUGUACACACACACACACAUAAACACUGUUGUCUUAUUUUAAGGUAUGUCCAUUUUCAGCAAUAUCAUCAUGAAAAAAGAAUUAUGAUUUCCAGUUAUGGAGAAUGGUUUAUAAAUUUUAUUUUGCCACAGACUCUAUUGUUUGAAUAAAACCUUAUGUGAUAAUAUGAAUAAAGAGGCGGUCAAAUGGGGAUCAGGAGUUUCAUCCUGCUUGUGAUAUUGUCUUACCCCAGUGCAGCCCCCAAGGGGUCUCUGCAGAGAAAUCGAGGGAGCAGAUCAUCUUCAGAACAGUUUCACAGUUUGAAAACCACUGAUAAAGGCAAAAGUAGUUGAUGAAUAUUUUUAUAAAAGUUUCACAGAUAGAAUCUACCAAAGGCCAUAUUAGUUUGAUCUUAGGUAGUUUUCUAAAGACUUCUUAAUAAAUGAAUUAAGGUAGGUUAAAUGGUAGCACUCAACGCACCGAGCAUCAUGAAUAGAGUAUUUCAAAUAAAUUAUCCAACUGGGAAUGUGUGUUCUCUGAAAUAACAUUUACUAAUAAUAGUAUGUGGAGAGAAGCAGUGGUCAUCCUGGUCAAGCUUACUGUGUUGACUCUCUAAGUCUCUAUAAAAAUAAAUAGAUGACAAUGAGAUAGAUGGAUAGAUUGGGUAGAUAGAUAGGCAGAUAGAUAGAUGAUAGAUAGAUAGAUGAGAUAUUCAUUUUUAAUUGAUAAACCAAAUCCCAACCUCUCUCUAAAAGUGUUACUGGAAAUGGAGUAGCUCUUAUCCAAGAGAAGCUGCCCAUGGAUUAAUUAAAGAAGAAGGGCCUCCAUAUAAGCAGAACCCCAUAUAAAGGAACCAAAUUAGCCAAGAGAAUCCUUGAAACUAUGUGUGGCUGGAGAUGCCGUCUUCCUCUUAGCACAAUUUGGCUUUGCCUCUCGCCAGGGCCAAAUCAUGUCCUUUGUAGACCCAACUCCCUUUGCCUUUGUGGACCCUUUCUGCAUAAAAAAUAUUAAAAGUUAUAUUUUAUGUCUGUGUUGGUAUAAAAAUGAAUAUAGUUCAAGUUGUA